AUGACACAACUAGAUACACAGGGCAAACUGGUGUGGCUCUGUCUGUGUAAGCAAAUAUGUGUGCUGCUGCCGGAGAAAAAAACAAGGUUCGGUGGCUUUCACGAGUCAACCCGUUGUCUACCAGAGAGGAGUGGGCCUGAUAAGGACCGUCAGCUCUCAGAAACUUCCACUUGGGAGCAGAGCAGUCCCGGACAGUGUUUCGGACCUCUAAUCCAGAAACCUACAAGAACCAACAGAAGUUUCUUCCUCAAACCAGACAUCAUGUUGAGCAGAGAUCUUCCAGACAUUGAGAGUGUCCUUGCCCUGAAUCCCAGGGUGAAGACUCACGCUCACAUCAUGUCCACGGCAAGCAAGAAGAAAGAAAAGAAACACUGGAAGAGAAAUGCUGAGAGGAACUGCGAUUCGUGUGAGAAGCUGGAAAACAACUUUGACGAUAUCAAACAUACAACGCUCAGCGAGCGCGGAGCUCUACGAGAAGCACUGAGGUGUCUAAAAUGUGCAGAUGCUCCCUGUCAGAAGAGCUGCCCUACUAACCUGGACAUAAAGUCAUUUAUUACAAGCAUCUCUAACAAGAACUACUACGGGGCAGCGAGGGCUAUCCUUUCUGACAACCCCCUGGGUUUGACCUGUGGAAUGGUUUGUCCCACGUCAGAGCUGUGUGUGGGGGGCUGCAACCUAUAUGCUUCUGAGGAGGGACCCAUUAACAUCGGAGGGCUACAGCAGUUUGCUACCGAGGUGUUUAGUAAGAUGAGCAUCGCUCAAAUCAGGAAUCCUGAACUCCCACCAGCCAAUGAGAUGCCAGAGUCUUACCACACCCCUAUAGCUCUGAUUGGUUGUGGCCCAGCGUCAGUCAGCUGUGCUUCCUUCCUGGCUCGUCUUGGAUAUGAUAAUAUUACCAUAUUUGAGAAACAGAAGUACAUUGGAGGGCUUAGCACAUCAGAAAUCCCUCAGUUCCGGCUUCCCUAUGAGGUUGUCCAGUUUGAAAUAGAACUGAUGAAGGACUUGGGAGUCAAGGUGGUGUGUGAGAAGGGUCUCGGUGUUAACGGACUGACUCUGACCUCCCUGAAAGAGGAAGGAUUUAAGGCUGUCUUCAUUGGGAUUGGUCUCCCUCAGGCCAACAGAGCUAAAAUCUUCCAGGGCAUAACUAUGGAUCAAGGCUUCUUCACUUCCAAAGACUUUCUGCCGAUGGUGGCCUCAGCUAGCAAGAAAGGUAUGUGUCAGUGUCGCUCUUCUCUGCCAGAGUUAAGGGGUGUGGUGAUAGUUUUGGGCGCCGGCGACACCGCGUUCGACUGCGCCACCUCGGCUCUUCGCUGUGGAGCCAAGAGAGUCUACGUCUGCUUCAGGAAGGGAUUCACGAACAUCAGAGCUGUCCCGGAGGAGAUGGAGUUGGCUAAGGAGGAGCAGUGCGAGUUCCUGCCCUUCCUGUCUCCUCGGGAGGUCAUCAUGAAGAACGGCCGGGUUGCCGGUUUACAGUUCUGCCGCACCGAACAGACUGAGGAAGGUGAUUGGCUGGAAGAUGAGGAACAAGUUGUCAGGCUGAAGGCUGAUUACAUCAUCAGUGCCUUUGGGUCCAUGCUUAACGACCCGCAAGUGACUGAGGCCAUGGCUCCUGUGAAGCUAACCCGAUGGGGUACUCCAGAGGUGAACACAGACACCAUGCAGACCAGUGAGCCCUGGGUGUUUGCAGGAGGAGACAUUGCUGGUUUGGCAAACACAACGGUGGAAUCGGUGAACGAUGGCAAACAGGCCUCAUGGCAUAUUCACAGACACAUACAGUCCCUGCAUGGACAGGCAGUGGACCCAGUCCCGAAGCUGCCGUUGUUCUACAGUGCUAUAGAUCAGGUGGACAUCAGCGUUGAGGUUUGUGGAAUAAAGUUUCCCAACCCGUUCGGCCUGGCGUCUGCUCCUCCCACCACCAGCGCCGCUAUGAUCAGAAGAGCCUUUGAACAAGGGUGGGGCUUCGCUCUGACCAAGACGUUUGGACUGGAUAAGGACCUGGUGACAAACGUGUCUCCUCGUAUUGUGCGUGGAACCACCUCAGGUCACGUGUACGGACCAGGUCAAGGCUCCUUUCUCAACAUUGAGCUCAUCAGUGAGAAGACGGCAGCCUACUGGUGUCAGUCAGUCAGCGAGCUAAAGAAGGACUUCCCUGAUAAUGUGGUGAUUUCUAGUAUAAUGUGUAGUUACAACAAGGAAGACUGGACAGAACUAGCCAAGAUGGCAGAGGAAUCAGGAGCAGAUGCAUUGGAGCUGAACCUGUCUUGUCCCCAUGGGAUGGGAGAGAGAGGCAUGGGACUGGCCUGUGGACAGGACCCAGUGUUGGUGCGUAACAUCUGUCGCUGGGUGCGUGCAGCCAUUUCCAUUCCGUUCUUUGCCAAACUGACACCAAACGUGACCAAUAUCGUCGACAUUGCCAAGGCUGCUCAUGAAGGUGGAGCAGAUGGAGUAACAGCCACCAACACAGUCUCAGGUCUGAUGGGACUGAAUGCCAACGGCGCCCCCUGGCCGAGUGUUGGAGUGGGCAAACGCACCACGUAUGGAGGGGUGUCUGGUAAUGCCAUCAGACCCAUCGCUCUGAGAGCGGUAUCGGCCAUCGCCAAAGCAAUUCCCGGUUUCCCAAUUCUGGCCACCGGAGGUAUCGACUCAGCCGAGGCCGGACUACAGUUUCUUCACGCCGGGGCUUCGGUGUUACAGGUGUGCAGUGCAGUGCAGAACCAGGACUUCACACUCAUUGAGGAUUACUGCGUGGGUCUGAAGGCCUUGUUGUACCUGAAGAGCCUGGAGCUGAAAGACUGGGAUGGUCAGUCUCCUCCGACAGAGAGACAUCAGAAGGGGAAACCAGUUCCCAGACUGGAAGAACUGGUUGGAAAGAGCCUCCCCAGCUUUGGUCCGUACCUCCAGCAGAAGACAGAAGCCAUUGCAGAGCACAAGAAACAGCUCAGAGACGCUCAGAAAACUGAUGUGAUGGAAGCCAACGUCAGCCGGGUCAGCGUGCCCAAAAAACCUGUUCCUGCUGUCAAGGAUGUGAUAGCGAGAGCGCUGCGCUACAUUGGAGCAUACCAGGAACUUGACAACAUGGAGCAGGUCCAGGCUCUGAUAGAUGAAGAGAUGUGCAUCAACUGUGGUAAAUGUUACAUGACCUGCAAUGACUCUGGAUACCAGGCUAUAGAGUUCGACCCAGACACCCACAUUCCCAUCGUGACUGACAGCUGUACGGGCUGCACGCUGUGCCUCAGCGUCUGCCCAAUCAUAGACUGCAUCAAGAUGGUUGCCAGGAAAACGCCAUAUGAACCCAAGAGGGGCGUGCCCAUUAGUCCCGUCUGCUAAAGAAUAACCAAAACAUUUCCACCUGUUUAAUAAUGGAGAUCAGAUUUUAGAAAGUUCUGUUUUAACUGUAGUAAAGAUUUUAUCCCAUUAAUGCCACUCAUUCGGAUGAUGUAAAGAGUUCAAAAGCGAUAGAAACAGAACAUCCAACGUGUUAUCUGGGAGUUUGUUUAAAUGUGGUAUUGAUUUUAAUAAAUAUUAGCCCCAAAAAUAUCACCAACCAACCUUUUUAAGGUCAAAGUUCACAGGGACUGCAGAUGAGAAUAAGCUUUUAGCUAUGUCUUGUACAAUUCAUAUAUUGUGCAUUCUCCCUGUCAAAUAAACAAUAAUAAUAAUGAUAAUAU